UGGCAUUUGACAGUGACAUUGACAAUAAGCGAGCAAAUUUUUUUCAAAUUAUUUUUAAUUUUACGUGGUCGUUUAUCGUUUUAGUGUUUGAAUAAUUCGAAUAUUUGAACUAAUGUUACGUUCUGUUGUUAAAAAGCAUGACAAAUAAUUUAAAUAAAUCAAAUUCGGAACCUGAUUUAUGCAUACCAGAAUUUGACAAUUUGUCAGUUAGUUCCGUUAGUUCUCCCAGGGAUUCAAAAAGGGGUACUAGCAAUAAUAAUCAAGCAUUGCCUGUUGUAAGACGUUUUUUCUUGGAAGAAAUCAUAUCUAACGAAAACAAGUUUGGAAUAAGAAGAGUUAUGUAUAGUGAGACAAUAGGUAAUUAUAAGAAUGUCCGUUCGAGAGAAGACUACAAAACUGAAGACGUUCCUAUGGAGACAGAUUCUUCGAUUACAGAACGUUACCCGAAGAUGAUAGGCAUAUCUAAUCAACCUUCGACGAAAACAACAAAAAAUCCUGAUACUGAUGCACUGCAAAAUACUCCACGGAAGAGAAGAAGCCCUAAGAGACGGUCAAAUCGAACCGAAGUACUACCUAUUAAUCCUGUUGUAAGGAACGAUAAGACUAACAGAUUGUUAUUUAUAAUUUUUACUAUAAUGUCUAUCGUCUCAUUUUGUAUAUACAUUAAUUUCGUUGUUUUUGUAAACAGUGAUAUUCAAGUUGAUAAUAUUAAAACUGAUUUAAUCAACAGUGUGCACGGUCAUCGACCGUUAGUAGAUUCGAUUACUCGAGUACUAGAAACUAGGCAAAACUGGCGUGACAAACUGAAAAUUAUUGCAUUUAUUGGAUCUCAAGGCGUAGGUAAAACGUACACAGCAAAUUUAAUCAAGAUGCAUUUUCCUUCAAAUUUAGUGCACGAAUUAUACGGUAACCAAUUGUAUCAGAAGACUGAAAAGCAACGCAUCCUUGAUGGCAUCAAAAAUUGUUGUUUAAACUUAAUUAUUGUUGACGACUUGAAGCAAACGGAUAGUAACAAUUUGUACGAUUUUAUUAAUUCUCUACCGAAAAACACUUUCAUUUUAUUCAUAGCUAUUUAUAACAUUCAUUACACGCACGAUGACAUGAACACGAUCGUUAAACACGAAGAUAUUGUAAAAAUUCGGGAUAGUUUCGAUGCUUCGGGUAUAAUCGAUUACGACUUGUUAGUAUUCGAAGACUUCACGGAAUUGCAAAUCAAAGACUGGCUUAGAAAGCAAUUAAAAUCGAAAAACAUUGCGAUCAGAGACGAAGAAAUGUUUCUCGAAAACAUUUUAGACGCUCACAACGUUCAACACGGUCUCAAAGGACUACAUUCCAAAUUGAUACUGGAACUGGAAACGCUUAGGAAAUAAUUGUGAAAUUCAUUGUAAAACUAGUGGCC